AUGGCGUACAAUCCCUCGGGCGGCGGAGAGGGAGCCAACUACUACAACGGUGGUGGCCAGCCAGCGCCAAACAACAAUUACUAUCAACAACAGCAACCACCGCAGCAGUACAAUCAACAAGCCUAUGGGCAGGGGCAGUAUGACCAGCAGCAGCAGCAAUACGGCCAACCUCCUCCUGGCGGCCCUCAGCAAAAUUACAACCAAAACUAUGGCGAGAAACCCAUGUUUGACCAAACAUUCAAGAUUGAGAAGCCCAAGUGGAAUGACCUCUGGGCCGGAAUCCUGCUUAUCAUUGUCUUUCUCGGUUUCGUAGCUGUUUCCGGCAUCUCUCUUCACGGCUAUGCCAACACUCGCAACAUCAAUGGCGGCGGUAUCUACAAUGGCGCACAGUCGGUUGGUCUCAACACCAACACCAUUGUGCUCUUCAUCUUCUGCCUGUGCAUCGCCUUCUUCUUCAGCUAUGCCUAUGUCUGGCUCGCGCGACUGUUUCCAAAGACGUUCAUCUGGAUUACCGGCAUAUUGAAUAUUGUGUUCGGCCUGGUCACAGCCAUCUACAUGUUGUCGCGCCACUACUAUUCCGGGGGCAUAGUGUUUCUAAUCUUUGUGGCCUUCCUCAUAUUCGCUUUUAUCACCUGGAUUCCCCGAAUUCCGUUCAGCGCUUUGAUGUUGACGACCUCGGUCGAUGUGUCGAAGCGAUAUGGUCACGUCUACCUCGUGAGCUUGCUCGGCGGCAUUGUCGCUACAGCUUUUGCCGCAUGGUACAGUGUGACCUUUGUCGCCGUAUACGUCAAAUACCAACCAGGACAGAACUCGUCUUGCAGUGCCAGCGGUGGAGGCUGUAGCUCGGCCAAAGUUACUGGCCUAAUUGUAUUCAUCACGUUUGCAAUGUACUGGAUCUCGGAAUGGCUGAAGAACACGAUUCACACAACUAUCUCCGGCGUCUACGGAUCGUGGUACUUUCAUCCACAUAAUCCCCCUCAGGGUGCCACGAGAGGAGCUCUGAAGCGAUCCUUGACCUACAGCUUCGGCAGUAUCAGUUUUGGUAGUCUUAUCGUCGCGAUUAUCAAUUUCUUGCGACAGAUGUGCUCAGUCGCCCGACAAAGCGAGGCUAGCCAGGGAGAUAUCAUUGGCACUGUCAUGUUCUGCAUUCUGGGAUGCAUCAUUGGACUGUUGGACUGGGCUGUGCAGUUUUUGAACCGCUACGCUUUUUCGUACAUUGCUCUGUACGGCAAGGCAUAUAUCCCCGCAGCCAAGGAUACCUGGAACAUGAUCAAGCAGCGCGGUAUUGAUGCCUUGGUCAACGAAUGUCUGAUUGGGCCUGUGCUCAGUAUGGGCGCCACCUUUGUGGGCUAUGCGUGCGCCCUAAUGGCUUAUCUCUACAUGGUCUUCACAAAUCCUGCCUACAACUCUGAUGGCAAUUUCACUCCGGUUGUGGUUGCAGUCGCUUUCCUUAUUGGAUUGCAAAUUUGCAACAUCUUCACUACUCCAAUCAGCAGCGGUAUCGACACCAUUUUCGUCGCAAUGUCCUGGGAGCCCGAGGUGCUCUACAGAGAACACCCUGAGCUGUAUCAGGAGAUGUGUAGAGUGUAUCCUCAGGUCCAACGGGCCAUUCACCCUUGA